CCGCACACCAUGACUCUCCGACUUUUGACCAAGGAUUCUUAAGUCACCGCGGUGCGUCCUCUGUUGAAUGCUCAACACUCCGUCGCAUUCACUGUUGCUCGCCAUAUGACUACCUCUACUUCAGAAGAAAAACAGGUAUCUCCCGAGCAAAGGUUCCUCAUCACCAUGGAUUCACUCCCCGGAAACUCUUUGAUCUCCAAGACCAGUUAUGUCACCGCCCUCACCGGCUCUUCCACCUACUUGAUCUCUAAGGAAAUCUACAUCUUUAAUCAGGAAUCUCUGGUCUUACUGGCCUUCGCUGCCACAUUUGGUGGUAUCAUCAAGGCUGCUUGCGGGCCCUUCAAUAAGUGGGCCGAUGACUUUUCAGCAAGAUCCGCAAUAUCUCUCAAAAGGUCCGCGCCGACCAUAAGGCCGCUGUCGAGGAGCGAUUGGCCAGGUCGGCCAGAUGAAGGAUGUUGGUGGCGUCACCAAGCAGAAGACCGCCUUUACGGACGAGGUCAGGUCUGUCCUUGACUCUUGGAUCCGCUACGAGACCUAAGCUCGUGAACGUGAGCAGAGCAAGCUGGCCACCUAUCUGAUGGAGAAGAUCAAUGCCGGUCUCCAGGAUUCCAAUCUUCAGUCCAAAAUACUGGAGAAUCGAUCAGUCAAGUUGAGAGGAUUGCUUCCUCCACAAAGGCGUGAGGGUGGACGCUUAGCCUUCAAUUCCUCUUUAAACCACGUAUAUCAAAAGGAUAUUUAUGUCGCAAUGUGGCUCUACAGUCUUCUGCUUCGCCUUUUUUUGUUACUAUGCAAAUGUUGAAACAAUAAAGCACUCCCAACACAAGCAGUGUUGACUGAAAACGCGUUCCUGCUAUGCUCUUUCUCCAUGCAGGGGUGCAGAAGGAAGACCCACUUUUGCCUUAAGGGUCAUCACGCGCGGUUCAAGG